AUGGGCUCUGUAAGCUGUGUGGCGCGGCGAUUUGGGUCGCUGCUGUGGCGCAGGGCUCUGUCCCCGGGAGCGGUGCUCUCGGCGGGCUGGGGGCCACGGCUUUGUCUGCUGGCCGCGGGUCGGCUUAAGGCGGGACCGGCGUUGGGCCUGGCCUGCCUGAGCCCCGACCGCGCGCGCGGCCUGCACGGCGGACCGGGCUUAGAGGAGCGGGCGGAGGGGGCAGCUGGCCAGAAGCGCCCGGAGACAGGCACAGCAGAUCAUACUGGUCCCAAGUUUGACAUCGAUAUGCUGGUUUCACUUCUGAGGCAAGAAAAUGCAAGAGACAUUUGUGUGAUCAAGGUUCCUCCAGAAUUGAAAUAUACAGAUUACUUUGUGAUUGGUAGUGGAACUUCCACCCGACACUUGCAUGCGAUGGCCUACUACAUUGUCAAAAUGUAUAAAUACCUGAAAUGUAAAAGUGAGCCUCAUGUUAAGAUUGAAGGGAAGGACACUGAUGACUGGCUCUGUGUGGACUUUGGCAGCAUGGUGAUUCAUUUGAUGCUUCCAGAAACCAGAGAAACCUAUGAAUUAGAGAAAUUAUGGACCCUACGUUCUUAUGAUGACCAGUUAGCACAGAUAGCACCUGAGACAUUACCUGAAGACUUCAUUCUUGGAAUAGAAGAUGAUACUUCAUCCCUGACUCCAGUGGAGUUCAAAUAAGAAUAAAAUAAUAUCAACUAUUUUGUCAUUAUCAGAUUUGGAUUGAGUUACUUCUUAAAAAUACAGCUGUGAAAUCCCACCUGAUUGGUCAGGUUGUUGUCCAAAGCCUUAUCUGUGGGCAUGCAUGCUGAGUGUGGAAAUUGUGGGUAAGUGAGCUGAUUCUUACACCAAGAAUCAGUAUAUUUAAACUAAAAUUUUAGUACAUUGUUUUUAUUUCUGAUAUCCCAGCAGGAUUUCACGGAGUUAGUAUUGGCCUCUAUGCUCUGCUCACAGUUUAGUUUUGCCUCAGUGUAAAUCUUAUUCUGUAGAUGGAAUAGCCAUUUUUU